UUUCUCGUCUGUUGUUUAAGGUGUUUUCCUGCUGCACCGGCUCUACGCCCUCCGCCUCCUUCCCUGUGGUUUAACCUUCCUCUUUCCCCUAGUGUUUUAUGCACAGCCAACUACGUAAAGAUUUGCAUUUCUUCCCCACUCCCCGCUCCUCACCCCCCCCCGCCCCCACCUCCUUGAAAAACAAAACCCAACCUCACAAAACCUCUUCGGACCCGCGGCUGCGAGGCGCAGAGGGGUUGAUUUGUGGAGUGGGAGUCGCUGGCCCAUUGCAGUGCUCGGGACUCGUUAAACUGUCACUCGCCAUUCCCCCCCGCCCCAGCCUAGCCCCCCGCCCCACCGGGUAAAUGGGGUGAUUAAUGUCUGAUAUAUUGGAAUGAGGCGAGGGCAUUUGUGCAGAAUAGGUGGUGUGGCCGAGAAGGAAUUUAUUUCCAAAGAGUGCCUCCUGAAAUAGGCAUUCAUAAUUGUGUCAUUCAUCGCGAAGUUAGAGAAAGUUAGGUCUGUGACUUUGGAAGAGCGAGAAGCGCGGGAUGGAGACCUUGGUCUUUGUUACUCUUUAUUUAACUCUUGGCCGUGGUUUUCUAAUGAGAGCGGAGUGGACAUCCCCAGGACUGUGACACUUUGCGCCUCAGGCCCCAGCGCCUUUUCUGCUCCUCACUCUCAGAAGGGUCUUGUAGAGACGUGCUUGACAUUCACAGAUGUCGCAGCCCCUUGCAGGGCACCGGUCAGGCCGGCCCGGGUUACCUUACAAUUUCGUCAGCCGCUCUAAAAGGACCCACAAAGUCUAACUAAAAAAAAAAAAAAAAAAAAAAGUUCCCAACUUCCUAGACCUGGCUUCCCCUCCACUUCCCCCUUUCUCCCUGAAAGGUUUUCUUGUGAUCAUGAACAUUACAGAGUGACCCACAAAAAAGAUUGUUAUGGGACACAGAUCAAGGGGAAGACAGAGUUCUGCUCUUUCUGAGCAGAGAGUCAAAUCAGAUAGGCAGAUGCAGCAUUCACUGUAAAUGGCUGUAGCAGGUUGUAUGGGUUUAUUAAUUUGUCUCAUUGAACCGAAGUACUUUCCAGGAUUUCAGAAAGUGCAGUUUCAGUUUGUUGAUACAGAGAGUUGAAAUUUGCAUUAACUGGCAGUGUGAGAACUGAGGAGGUAGUUGGAGAAAAGUUAGUUAUAUAAGAGUGAAGUAUGAGAUAAUAAGGUGAACCAGGUUGAAGUGGUAGUUCUGAACAGUCUUCCAGCAUUCUGAGACACGUAUACCAUUAUCUCAGCAGGGGAAAAAAAAAGUGCCGUAAUAAUGUUGAAAUGGGACUGGAGAUGUCAAAUGGGUUGGUUUAAAAAUAUCCCUAAGCUGCCUUUGCAACUAAACGUUGGAGUUGAAUAAAAGUGAAUCUGGAUUUCCUGAAUAGCACCGUGGCUUGAGUGUGCUGUCAGUAUGUAAGCCAGUCCACCAACUUAAGACAGAAGUGUUGCUAUUCCAUAAAUACAGUAGAACUCCAUAUGCUGAGUUUUUCAAUUUCUUCUGUUAGAAAGUUUGGGGGAAAAAAAAGGGAGACUUUGAAGUAUUUUGUUUAUACUAACAGAAGAGAAAAGUUCUCCUAAGAAAAAGCUGGUGGCAGGAGUGUAGAGGAGUAGCAUAUGGCAUUAAAAGGAGCACAGCUGGAGGUAGCAUUUCCAUCUGAACAUGAUGUCAGAGCAGCUGACAGCCUGCCAUCCCUCAGCCUUUUAUUCUAACACACAGACAGGGAGUUAGUGUGUGCGGAUCUGUGGUGGAGAAGGUAUCUCAUUCCUCUCUAACAUCAUCUCCACUUUGCAUCUGUCUCUCUUAGUCUGCUUUUUUUCCACCGAUGUAACAGACCUGGAGCCAGCAAGACUCAGAGGGAAGGACUUAAUCAGGUUUAUGUGUCCUAAAGGUUAUGAAGACAGUAUGGAGUUUCCAGACCAUAGUAGACAUUUGCUGCAGUGUCUGAGCGAGCAGAGACAUCAGGGUUUUCUUUGUGACUGCACUGUUCUGGUGGGAGAUGCCCAGUUCCGAGCGCACCGAGCUGUACUGGCUUCAUGCAGCAUGUAUUUCCACCUCUUUUACAAGGACCAGCUGGACAAAAGAGACAUUGUUCAUCUGAACAGCGACAUUGUUACAGCCCCAGCCUUCGCUCUCCUGCUUGAAUUCAUGUAUGAAGGGAAACUCCAGUUCAAAGACUUGCCCAUUGAAGACGUGCUAGCAGCUGCCAGUUAUCUCCACAUGUAUGACAUUGUCAAAGUCUGCAAAAAGAAGCUGAAAGAGAAAGCCACCACGGAGGCAGACAGCACCAAAAAGGAAGAAGAUGCUUCAAGUUGUUCGGACAAAGUCGAGAGCCUCUCUGAUGGCAGCAGCCACAUGGCGGGCGAUUUGCCCAGCGAUGAAGAUGAAGGGGAAGAUGAAAAACUGCACAUCCUGCCCAGCAAAAGGGACUUGGCGACCGAGCCUGGGAACAUGUGGAUGCGAUUGCCCUCGGACGCAGCAGGCAUCCCCCAGGCUGGCGGAGAGGCCGAGCCACACGCCACAGCAGCUGGAAAAACAGUAGCCAGCCCCUGCAGCUCAACAGAGUCUUUGUCCCAGAGGUCUGUCACCUCCGUGAGGGAUUCAGCAGAUGUUGACUGUGUGCUGGACCUGUCUGUCAAGUCCAGCCUUUCAGGAGUUGAAAAUCUGAACAGCUCUUAUUUCUCUUCACAGGACGUGCUGAGAAGCAACCUGGUGCAGGUGAAGGUGGAGAAAGAGGCUUCCUGUGAUGAGAGUGAUGUUGGCACUAAUGACUAUGACAUGGAACAUAGCACUGUGAAAGAGAGUGUGAGCACUAAUAACAGGGUACAGUAUGAGCCGGCCCAUCUGGCUCCUCUGAGGGAGGACUCGGUCCUGAGGGAGCUGGAGCGGGAGGACAAAGCCAGCGACGAUGAGCUGAUGACCCCCGAGAGCGAGCGCGUGCAGGUGGAGGGCGGCAUGGAGAGCAGCCUGCUGCCCUACGUCUCCAACAUCCUGAGCCCGGCCGGCCAGAUCUUCAUGUGCCCCCUGUGCAACAAGGUCUUCCCCAGCCCGCACAUCCUGCAGCUGCACCUGAGCACGCACUUCCGCGAGCAGGACGGCCUGCGCAGCAAGCCGGCCGCCGACGUCAACGUGCCCACCUGCUCGCUGUGCGGGAAGACGUUCUCCUGCAUGUACACCCUGAAGCGCCACGAGAGGACUCACUCGGGCGAGAAGCCCUACACGUGCACGCAGUGCGGCAAGAGCUUCCAGUACUCGCACAACCUGAGCCGCCACGCCGUGGUGCACACGCGCGAGAAGCCGCACGCCUGCAAGUGGUGCGAGCGCAGGUUCACGCAGUCCGGGGACCUGUACCGGCACAUCCGCAAGUUCCACUGUGAGUUGGUGAACUCCUUGUCGGUCAAAAGCGAGGCGCUGAGCCUGCCCGCUGUCAGAGACUGGACCUUAGAAGAUAGCUCUCAAGAACUCUGGAAAUAAUUUUAUAUAUAUAUAUAUAUAUAUAAAUAAUAUAUAUAUACCUAUAUAUAAAUAGAUCUCUAUAUAGUUGUGGUACGGUCUAAAAGCAGUCUUGUUUCCUGGAACUGAAAGGUUGGGAUAUUAACUUGUUUUUGCACUUUAGAAUAGCAUGAGAAUCUCACUAAUUUAGCGUUCAGAUGCAAGAAACUUUAGAACAAGUCAGAGAAUAGAGAGGUGUUUUUCUUUUGAGGGGGAAGUAAGCCAAUAAGAACCUUGGAAACAAAUCGUCCUGUCACAAAAUGCUUUCAUAGGGGCCUGUUUUGUCAGCACUGCGGUGUCUUUUGAGCUUUUUUUUUUUUUUUCCCCACCUUUUCUUCCUUUUUUUUUUUUUUUUUUUCUUAGUAGAAAUUCCCUCCAGUUUUAUUAGCCUCUUUAUAUGUCUCUCAAAUUGCAUGAAUCUUUUCUGGCUGUUGGAAACCUGAAUGCUUUUAGACCCAAAUGGAAAAUUUCUGAAAUGCUGGAUUAUCUAUUUUUAAACAAGCAGUUGACUUAAAACUUUCUGUGGCAACUUCUGGUUUUCUGACGGUUCCCAAUGAGAGAAAAUUCUGAAAGUACACUGGGAUCACUGGGACGCUGUCUUUGUGAAGGUUUGCUUGGGAUGAAAAAGGAUAUUGCAGCUUCAGCAGUGUUGAACUGUGUGUUGAAAAAUGUGAAUUACUGUUAUUGUAUACUGUAAUUGAUUACAUGGGCUUGGGGGGGUGUCAAAGGACUUGACAGGUUGUGUUGAUGCUCUUAGUUGAGUCUUGAAAAGUAAAUAUUAACGCUACAGAAAUGCAUGAGUUUCAAUAUAUUUUUUGUCUUUGUUUGCAUUGUAUAACUUUAACGAGUGAGUUUAAAAUUAUUUAAUUUCCUUAGAAAAAUAGCACCAUUUGGGGAAAAAAAAAAACCUGGUGUUAUGAAGAACGUUAAUGCACUGUUUUAUUUUUAUUUUAUAUAAUUUAAAUUGACUUUCCCACUGUCUUUAAGUUGAAACUGUUAAGCUGAAUAAAAACUUAAGCUGCAAAUUGAUAACUUCGCUACAUAACAAGGAAAAUAUAAAUGUUUACAAACGGCUUAAAGAUUUGCAUGUGCAGUGUGCAUUUAUAACAGAACUUCUAAUUGCACAAAACCCAGGCCAGCUCAAAGUUUAGGUGUACACAUUUACCCAGUUGAGCGUUUUUAGAGUAACUACUGCACAAAUUGACAAUAGGUCAUUCUCUUUUUCUUGCUCCCCUUUUCUUUUUCUCCCCCCUUCUUCCUUUCCCUCCCUUCCUUCCUCACUCCCUCCCUCCCCUCCCCCACUCCCUCCCACCCCCAAAUCAUGAAAAGAUUCUAUGGACUGAAAAAGCCCCAGGCUGAAAGGACUGGACUGCCUUGAUUGACAUGGGGAAGGGGGUAGGAGACUAUGUGUAUCGCGGCAGCAGAGGCUGCAGCCCAACGUGUGGUUUUAAUGACCAGCACGCAGGGCAAAAGCAUUUUGCACAGUGUUUGUUUUCCUGUCUUGCACUUACAAAUAAGGUCUAUGGGAGUAGCAUGGAAAACGUUUGCUGUUUUUCCCUUUUUUUUUUUUUUAAAUUGCUUUUGUUUAAAAUUUGAUCGCCUUAACUACUGUAAACAUAGCCUAUUUUUGUGCUUAAGAUACUGAAUGGAAAACUCCAUUGUGUGUUGCUGGACUGUUUUGGAAAUAUUUGGUCAAAUGUGUGUUAAUUUGGCUGUAAUGGCAUUUAAAGCAAACAAACAAACAAAAAAAAAGCUGUGAAAAUGGCCUUGGAGCAUUAUCUUUAGUUACUUGAAGAGUUUCUAGUUUUUUUAAAAUACAGUUUAUGUUAAAAUAAUUUUUAUUAAUUUAGAGAAGACAAUCAACGUCUGAGAAAACGGACUUUCUUUUGGAUUUUCUUUUUGUGGUCAUCGUGAGUGAUUGCUUUUUCCUUUUAUUAGUUUCACAUUCUUCCUUUGUUCUAAAACUUAGACUGACAUCUAGCUUUGACAAUCAUAGUAUGUUUUAUUUUCCUGAGGGGGGAAUAACUUAUAAUGCUGUUUAGUUUUGUACUAUUGGUGUGUUGGUGAAUUUUUAAACUGUGUGCUAACUGCAAUAAAUUAUAUGAACUGAGAA